AUGGCGGGCAACACGAACAGAGUGUCGAUCUAUACAACUGGAUCAGGGGGGUCUGAAGGUCGUGAUGGCGAAGAAAAGAAGGAUCUUUGGACAUCUAUGCUGGAGUCCGUCGCGAGCGGCAAGCGACUACCAGAAAAGAACCUCAUCGUCCUAGGUGGAACUCCCGAACAUCAAAGAGACUUUCUCGAAUCUCUGUCCAGCUCCGAGUCAAGGCGCAAUGCGGACCGGCUUAAGAUCCCACCGAUUGCCAAUAACUUUGCCCUUGGCUAUACAUACUACGACGUCCUUGACGCCGAUCAAGACGAUACCUUGGCACGAGUGUCGCUCUACUUUCUUUCGCAACCUUCUACCGAGUUCGCGUCUCUCGUCGCACCUCUCCUUACCCCUGAGACUAUUCCCAACACCUCUCUCAUUAUCCUUCUAGACUGGUCGCAGCCGCACUUAUGGCUGCGACAAAUAUGGACGUGGGUCCAAGUUAUCCAAGAGGUCUUGAAAAAGGUUGAUACAGAUCAGCAUGCCCUUAUGGAAGAAGUAAUGUCUACCUGGAAGGAGAGAGGCCGCGGAGGCGCAGCAACUAAUCUAGACGGAACCCCUUCAGCAACGGUCACUGGAGGUGAUGCUGACAGCUCACUUCCUCUAGGUCCAGGUGAAUGGGAGGAACCACUGGGUCUGCCACUUUGUGUGGUGUGUCAAAACGCCCAAAAAAUGGAGUUUCUCGAAAAGAAUCAGGGCUGGAAAGAACCCGAUUUUGACACGGUACUGCAAUAUCUGCGAACAGUGUUGCUGAGACACGGUGCUUCGCUUAUCUACACCUCACAAGAUGCGCCCUCCCAGCUACCAUCACUCAUCCACUCAACCCUUGGAAUCACAUCUCUUCUCAAGCGCCACCCUCUAAAGCAUAACGUCAUCGACCGUGAUAAGAUUGUCGUUCCUACAAACUGGGAUUCAUGGGGGAAGAUUCGUGUCCUGGGCGGUUCCUUUGACGCUGAGCAGGUCUCCAACUCAUGGUCCGAAGAUAUCAGCACUCCCGCUGAUUCUAUGCGCUUUGGCGACAACGAAGAUCAAGCGGAUGAGCUGGAUGAGGAAGAAGAAGAGGAACGACAACGGAAGAGUGCGAUUGCGCGUUACGAGGGAUGGUGUCGUGAUCCCAAUAGCGGCGGCCUUGCUGUCGUUGAAAAUGCCAUGCACGGCGAGAAAUGGAUAACCGUGGAGAGCGACGAUACUCAAGACUUCCUCGAGAAACAACUUAAGAUUCUCGAGGCAUUCAAGGCCAAACAACCGGAGAAGGGCACGGACAAUGCCAUCGCCCGCAGCACACGUCAUAUCGACUACGGUAACGACGAGAAGAGUAUCAGUGAGCACAUUGGCCCUGUGCAAUUCAACAUGGGUGGCAUUCAAGUUGACGCUGAUGAUAUGCUACAACGCCUUAAGGACCGCAAUGCAUAUUCCUCAUCACCCAGCAAUGAAGAGGAGGAAACAGAUACACCUGCUGCAAAUAUGGCCAAGGACUUCGACAAUGAUCAGCUGCAGAGUUUCUUUACUGGUUUGAUGAAUCGCAAGGGGACCGCAGACACAUCCCGAUCUUGA